GUUGUCUCCCUUCGUUUAGGGUUUGAGCUUCUCCGAUUUGUCUCAUUCGACGAAGAGCGACAGUCCAAGUGUGUAGACAUCAUCAGGUUUGAGGUUGAGGCCAAGGGCUCUUCUUUUUUGGUCGAGCCGGGACGUUUAAGUAGAAACGGUUGGAGAACAUUGUCAAUCAGGUUUCUCCCUUCCGCCGUUGUGUGCGGUUAAUUUGAACCGAGGCCCGGCCUGGCCUGAACCAAGGUUCGAAAUUGUGAAUUGCGUAGUCGUGGCGUUUUUUUAAUAUUGCAUAUUGCGUAAGCCUCAUUGCGCAAUGAGGCAUAUAGCUGAGGCGUAAUAUAUACUCCCUCCGUCCCCUUUUAAAUGUCCCGGAAGAGGGUGACACGGGUUUUAAGAAAAGUGAGUUUGUGUGGUUGAUAUUAAUUGAUAAAGUAAGAAUAAAGUAAGAAUAAUUUUGAGCCACACAAACUUUACCAAAUAAGGUAUGAGACAAUUAAAUAAGGACAUCCCCAUAUGGUAAAACGGGACAUUUAAAAGGGGACGGAGGGAGUGUAUAUUAUAUAUAUAUAUAUAUAUAUAUAUAUAUAUAUAUAUAUAUAUAUAUAUAUAUAUAUAAACAUAAUAAAAAAUAAACAUAUUCAUCAAAAGUCAUCAAAUGUUAUAUUAAAACAAACCAUAAGAGGCCAAGCAAAGUAACAUGUUCAAACUUCAAAGUACCAUAGAAUACCAAAACAUUCUAAAUCAUUUAUCAAAACAAAAAUCUAAGAUAUGAAAAUUUAAAUUAAUUAUAUUGAUUGACUGAAAAUUUCAAUCAAUAACUACUGGUUUCAAAUAGGGAUCAUAAGAUCAAUUAUAAAAAUUUAAAAGUGGGCCGAGUGGGCCCAAAUAAUACCCUUACACCCUGACCUCUUAUUGCGUACGCCUCAGAGCGCCUUAUUGCGUAUCCAAUAUUGCGUACGCCUCAGUGCAAUAUUGCGUACGUCACACUCCCAGCGCCAUAUGCAAUGCCUUGUACGCCAUAGUCCAGAAAUUAGUUGAGGCGCGCCAUGAGGCGCAAUUGCAUUGCGCAAUUACAAACAAUGGCCUGAACCGGACCUGGGGGUUACCCGGGCCGGUUCCGGGCCUCCCCUUUCAUGAACCGAGGCCCGGCCGGGCCCGGGUCCGAACCGGCCUGAGUCCACCCCUACUCAAAAUAAAAGAGGAAGAGUAAUAUGGAGUAUUAGAUUAUUAGUCCAUACUCCAUAGUGUAUGAUCAAACCCAGAAUGGCCACCCCACAAUUACGUGAAACGGUGACACACAAUGUUCACAGACCAUAGUGUAUGAUCAAAAUAUACUCUCUUGUUGUAGCUAGGCACCUGUGAUCUGUGGUCUUCAAUAAAAGAGAAGGGAAAGCUGUAAAUAAGGAGAGUUCAUUGAGCACAACAAAUAGCCAUUCACCGUCUCAUGCAUUUCCACACAAAAGAGGGUUCUAUUACUCCUCUGCCUCCAAAUGAACAGCAAAGAGGUUUUCAAGUUUGCGGUCCAUGUCGUCCCCCAAUCAAUUGAAGCUGCCUUGGCAAAGACCUGUGCCGGUCUCACCCUCUCCGGUAUUGACUGGUUGCUUAUUCAUCAAGCAAAUCGAAGGAUCAUUGAUGCGGUAGUGUCUCGUAUGGACUCCACCCCCCCACCCCCCGUAAAAGUCAUCUCUGACCUGGAAAACUAUGGGAACGCGGAACACCAGUGCUGCUUCUAUUCAUUGGCAUUGCAUGAGGGCAUGAGGCUGUUCAGGCCAGAAAGAUUAAAGCUGGUGAUCAUGUGUUAUUGUCGCUGCUGCUGGCCUUACAGUAGUGCUGGACUCGGUUCGGGCCGGACCCGGUUCGGGCCUUGAACCGGCCGGGCCUCGGUUCACCAAAAGGAGGGCCCGGGCCCGAACCGGCAGGUGACCGGUUCCGGGCCGGUUCCGGGCCAGACCGGGCCGGUUCACCCGCCACAUUUUUUUUUUUUGAUUUUUUGGCUUCUCUUAUUUAACCCCCUACCCCUACCCCUCAACCCCAAACCACCCCAAACCACCUCAAAUGGCCCAAAAUACCUAAUCCAACCCAAAAAUUAAAAAAAUUUCAAAAAAAAAUUAAAAAAAAAUAUUCCGGCCCAGACCGGGCCCGAACCAGCCGGGCCGGUUCACCAAAUAGAGGGCCCGGGCCCGGAACCGGUAUUCACCGGGCCGGUUCGACCCGAACCGCCGGUGGACCGGGCCACCGGGCCAGGCCGGUUCCGGUUCGGGCCGCCCAGCCCGAGUCCAGCACUACCUUACAGGGGGUUCAGCCAUUAUCCGAUGGCACUGACUAUGUCAAGCUCAAGCACACGGCCAC